CCGAACAGUCGCCAGUUGAUUCGCCACCAGACUGCCGCCGUAGUUUAUUUUCGGAGCCAAUUCACUAUGAUACAGCGGUGAUACGAAGAAAUUUUUUGUGAAUAAAUCGAUUUAGUGAUUGUCAUAUUGUGUUGAUAUUUUCGAGAUGUGAUAAAGGUGUAUCGUAAUACUGUAAACCGGACUUUCUCUAUAAGAAACAUGUCACUGCCGAUGCUACGACGUUGUUGUGGGUGUAUCUCGUUAGAAAAAGGAUGCCUUCUACUAGCUAUAAUUUCCAUUGUGAGCUGUAUAUUGUAUAUAAUAGCGGGAUGCUGGAACCUCCCACAGCAUACGGAAAGAGAACAAGAAGAUAAUCUUAUAUCCAUGACAAUGAUCAUGUUUUCCACGCUUUCCCUCAUCAGUAACCUGUUUGUUCUAAUUGGUAUUGCGAGGAGGCGACCGAGCUAUCUCCAACACUCUCUUAUGUGCAACUCCAUGUUCAUACUGUGUAUCUUCCUUGUGGUGACAGUAACCUGUAUCUAUAGUCCAGAGUUCAAACCCUAUAAACAAUCCUCAGUGAAUAUUCUUCUUAUUGUAAUUGCCUGGAUAUGUGGAGCUGCUUACUCACUGUACUAUUUGAUUAUAGUGAACAGUCUGUAUUUAAAAAUGAAGUUUUCAUACAGUGAUACUGGCUUGCCAAUGUAAAAUACUAGCUGGUCGCAUAUAUUCGUAUCGAAACUGCAAAGUUCCAAUAAGAUCCAUGCAACCAAGAAUAAACGGUAGAGGGUCUACUGGUGACAUCUAUGGCCUAGAAACUACGUGAGUCUCCUGUUCUAUAAAAAAAACGUAAAGAAACUACCAACUACUGCUACGAGAUGGCGCUGAAAAUUUUAUUUGUAUAUAUAGUUAUUUGUAUGUGAGUUUGCAAAUAUAUUUAAUUACUUUUGUAUUUAAAUUAAUUGCGAAUUAUUGCUGCGUGCAGAUAUUUUUGUUAAAAUUGAAUCGAUAAAAUUUUAAACUCUUUUAUUAGAGUACUCAUUCAUCUAUUUUAAUCAAAUGUUACACUAUGAUGUAAGGGACAGCGAAAACAGUAUAAAUAGAUUGUUUUGGGGUUAAGUGUACAUCGCUUAUGUCAAGUGUGAUAUUUUAAGUA